CCGGGGAAACGGGCCCCGGGUUGGUGUUUGUAAACUUGCCUCGGUCCCGGCGGGGGCAGCGGCGGCCGAGGGGGUUGGCACCGUGUGCAGGGGCCUGAAGGAGGCGCCGCGCAACAAGGGAGACAGCUAGAGGCCGCGCCUGGCAGGUUUCUGGAAUAGAUCUAGAGCUUCAUCAAGAGACGUCAACUGGAAAAGCAAGACUGGCAUACUAUUCUUUGGACAAUAGGUAGAAACUAGACAGAAACCAGGGAUUCUUGGAACAACUGUUUUCCCUUUGGAGGACACUACAUUCUUUUGGAAGACAAAGGCAGUUCAAUAUGGCAGCAGGACUGAAAGAACACGAAGGAGCCAUUACCGUGAUUUGGUGACAGUUCUUCAAAACAACAGUGUCAAGGAGAGCUGGAUCAAGCACCUCCUGAACUUUUGAGUUCAUUAAGUGAAAAAUCAGCAUGGCUCAGGUAAAAAGCUCUAGAGUCCUCCUUCAAGACCAUUCACUGGGAAGCCUCUUUGCAAUGUCACUCUUGAAUGCUGCCUUAGUCAAGAAUAUUGACCAACCCCAGUGAGCCAAGCUCUGUAUUAAGCACCAGGGGGAGAUCUAGAGGAAGGAAAGGAGACAGGACACAGCCCCUGCGUUCAGGGAGCUUCCAGUCAAAUGAAGGAGGCAAGUCUCCUGGCUUGUGAAGGCCUAGCAGGUGUGAGUUUGGUUCCCACUGCAGCCAGCAAGAAGAUGAUGCUGAGCCAGAUUGCCAGCAAGCAGGCCGAGAAUGGCGAGCGGGCAGGUAGCCCUGAUGUGCUGAGGUGCUCGAGUCAGGGUCACCGAAAAGACAGUGAUAAGUCCCGGAGCCGCAAAGAUGAUGACAGCUUGGCUGAGACCUCUCAUUCAAAAAAAACUGUUAAAAAGGUGGUGGUAGUGGAACAAAAUGGUUCUUUUCAAGUAAAGAUUCCCAAAAAUUUUAUUUGUGAACACUGCUUUGGAGCCUUUAGGAGCAGUUACCACCUCAAGAGGCACAUCCUUAUUCACACUGGUGAGAAACCGUUUGAGUGUGAUAUAUGUGACAUGCGCUUCAUCCAGAAAUACCACCUGGAACGCCACAAGCGUGUGCACAGUGGCGAAAAGCCUUACCAGUGUGAACGGUGUCAUCAGUGUUUUUCUCGGACAGAUCGAUUACUCAGACAUAAACGGAUGUGCCAAGGGUGCCAGUCCAAGACUUCCGACGGGCAGUUUUCACUAUAGGUGCAAGGGGCCCUGGGUGGUGGGAGUGAUCAGAAGAGUCUACCGAAGAGUGCACCUCCUCUGGUCUGAUGGUCCCACCACCACCCCGUCUGAACCUGUCCCCCUCCUGGAGGAGUGGACCCAGGAGACCAGAAGAGUGCAUCAGGGGACAGUGGCUCCAGAGCUUCAGCUCUGUAAAUAAUCUGAGACUUUGAGUAUCUCGGGGAAGUUCCUACAGCAUUCCUGGGUAGGGAAGCUAGUCCCUGGACCCUUGGCUGAGAUCAUAGGGUACAUAGGGUACAGGACCAAGACUAACAUGUGGCUCCCACAACCUUGGACUCCAGCUGGCAGCUGAAAUGGAAAAGACUGUGGAAGGGGAUUUGUUUGUUCUGUUUUUGUUUUUGUUUACCCAAAAUCAAUUUCAGCAGGUAAACUGUGGGUGCAGGUAAUCUGAGGGCAUAAAGUCCUAGUCCAGAGCAGGGACGACUGGUCCAGCCCUCCCCCGAAAUUGAGUUUUUAGUUAAAAUAGAUCCUCAAUGUUCCACAGCCCUGCACCUUACCUCCUGUUUGAGGGAGAAUAGGACCAGGAAUGGCAGCUGAGCUUACUUUGGCCUUCUUAUACACUGUAGGGACAAAACAAAAAAUGGUGGGAAAAGUACACAUGGGCUGUGGAUCCAAGAAGAGUGGGCAGUACCUCUUACCUCCUCAAGAAAAGAGGAAGACUUGUGCCCAUGGGUGUUGUGAUCUCCCAUGCUGAUGCCACACUGGUACCUAAUGGGGUCAGCUCAAGUGCCUUUUGAAGGAGACUUGGGUAAGAGAGGCCCAUGAAGCCCUUUCCUUCUCUCUGGGCAAUUAGUCUUGGAUAUGGUUUGUGGCUACCUCACUGUCAUUGACUCCUAAAGCCAGACAGAGGUGUUGAGCAGGGAAUUGUGGAUGUCAGAGUGGGUUCUCUCCUUGUGCUCUCGUAGGAACAACCUAAGAUUAGUUCCAAGUUGGCUAACACCUUUUUGAGAAACAAAGGAACUUGUUGACCCCUGACAUGACUGUAACAUGAUAGGAGCCAUUCUUCCUGCCCAAGUCUUAUCACUGUAUUCAGGUAGAGGAGAUGGGGCUGUGAUCUUUGGUCCCAUAGAACAAGAUCUUGGCUUCCUUCUUGAUGGCCAUCCCUGUAAGUAAUGGGGAAUGAGGGUUGCUACAGAGGAAAGACUGCAGGAAAAAACCUAAUGUAGGUUUUAUUCUUAACCAUACUCUUUGCUCCCCUCUGCUCCAACACCACCACCCUGUCCACCCUCCAAAAAGUGAUCAGAUGUCUUUUUUGUGUGUGCUAUGUGAGUGGUUGUAUUUGUAUGCUUGGAGAAAAUGGUGUAUUACUGAGCCAAAACCUUCUUUGGCCCUUAAUUUAAGAAAAGAUGAGCAUAAAACAGCCUCUUCCCACCCUGACCUGAAAGGUGUUUUGAGUCCCAGCAGGAGCUGAGAAACUCAAUUAGGGAACAGAAGGGCAUUGUUCCAAAAGGGUUUUUGUUUUAGAUUGAUUCAACAGUCUAGUGGUUAGGGUGUUUCUAACUCAGCUAGGGCUUGUGAACAUGGAUUUUUCUAAAGUAAAAUAAAAACCUUCUUUCUUCCUGCUGAAGGAAGGAUCCUUACGGGAAAUUCUGGGGUUUGACUGACCCUUUUCCCUCUCUCCCCCUGUGGCCUAUCCUGAUUCAUGGGGGUGGGGGAACAUGUCUUAGUAAUUGUGGAGACUGGGUGAACCUGAAUACUGAGCUGUUGGUGGAGAUCUGAGAUUGCAACCUCCAAGAAAUGUGAUUCAUUACCCAGAAAAUGAGGGAAUAGACAGCAGCAUAAUCCUGGUUAUUGCCAUUUCCAAGGGGUGAAGGUAGGAAUACUUCAGGGAAAAAGGAAGGAGACGUGGCACCCUUCAGCUUUUCCCUGACAGCACCUGAGAUUCUUUGGGGAAAAUGCUGAGGAAAUUUUGCUGCCAUGUGUUCUUGUAACUUUCUGCUGACACUCCUAUUUUAUGUAGUCCAGAACCCUACAAGUAGGGGCAUCUUUACAUGUGAGCCAGCCCCCUUCCUGUUAACAGGACACUGCUGGGACUGGAAUUUUUGUCACUCAACUCUUGGCAGGAGGAUAUAUUGAAAAAUCUAUCCUCCAAAAAGUGCUUUUGAAAGUAGGAAUCACCCUCCCUGCUACUUACAGGUGAUCUGUUUGGGAUGAGAGUGUGUGUAGAGUUCCAUGAGUGAUCCAUGCCCCUGUGUGUAUGAAUGUAUGUCAUAGGUCUGAAUGUCCCCAGAAGCCAGGUGUGGUGGUACACACCUGUAAUCCCAGCACUUGUAGGGCUAAGGCAGGAGGAGUCUGAGUGUGAGGCCAUCCUGGGCUAUGUAGCAAAACCCAGUCUCAAAAAGUCAGUUAACAGAAUGUACCAUGGCUUCUGCAGACCUUUACUUCCUGCCCAGGUGGGAGGAAGGAAGGGAACUUCUACCACAACCACUUCCUUCCAAGGAUUGGGUGUGAGGAAUACAGGAGCAUGUGGUUAUUCGGGUGCUGAUGUUUUGGGGUAAUGGAUGUGAAGAAAGAUGAGCAAAUGGGUGAAUUGUGACUGAUCUCCCAGAGGCCCCAGAAGUCCCAUAUUUACCCUAGGAAAACCAUAGACUAAGACCACGGCACCACCUGGACCCAUUGCACCACCCCUCCAUUGCUGGGUUGGAACCUAGCACUGGAAAGAUGUGUUUGGAGCGUAGGAAAUGGAGAUAGGACAGGCGCUCAGAGACCAGCACAUGGGCUUGGUUCCUGGGUGUGCUUCUGCUUCAGGCUGUACCAGCCCUGCCCUUCCCAGUACCCCAUCUUUUCCAUCCACUGCCAGCAGCCUCUUGUCAUCACUUAGCUACUGAUUGUGCCCCAUGGCUUGACAUUGGAGGGUUGAAAUGAGUGGCAUUACCACAGCGUUUAACCCUCUCCCCAGGCACACAUUUCCUGUGCUGUGGCCCUGGGGCUUUUAUCUUCAAUCCCCUUCCUACCCUUUCUCUCCACCUUUUUUUUUUUUUUUAAUAUACUUAUUUUGCUAUGGGGGAGGGAACUAUCAAAUGAACAAGAUCACUUUUAAAUGGUAGUUUUUAUAAGAUGUUAUAAACUUGUAUCUUUUUACCAUUAAAGUGCAGUGUAUGUUCCUUCGUGAUAUAUUUAGGAUAUUUAAAUAAAAAGAAUGGGGCUUUUCUACAUUCCAUCUCCUAUUUGGGAAGACUAUCCUUUGGGGAAGCUUUUUCAUUGGAUACUAGAAUGAUUUUCUUUCCCCCAUUCCCCCAGUAUAGCCACCCUACAACUUUCAGUGCUCUGUAAACUUUUUUAAAUUCCUCUUCUGCCAGGUGCAGGUAGGUGGCUCAUCCCUAUAAUCCUAGCUACUCAGGAGAUAGAGAUGAGGAGGAUCAUGGUUUGAAAC